AAAGAGGCAAGGAUAUCCCAUGGCAAAGGAGGAGAAUAUGCAUGUAGUGAUGCUUCCAUGGUCAGCCUUUGGCCACCUGAUCCCCUUCCUCCAUCUCUCCAUAGCUCUAGCCAAGGCUGGAAUCCGCGUCUCCUUUGUCUCCACCCCUUCUAAUCUCCGUAGGCUUCCCACUCAUCUCAUUCCUCCUCACUUGUUGGCUCCGCUCAAUCUGGUAGAGCUUCAAUUGCCACCCGUUGAUGGCCUCCCAACUGGUGGAGAAGCCACCGUCGAUAUCUCCAUGGACCAAAUCCAGUACCUCAAGACAGCCUAUGAUCUCUUGAAACCACAACUCAAGAAAUUCAUCUCCCAAGAUACCCCAGAUUGGAUCAUCCAGGAUUUCGUCCCCUGUUGGACGGAUGAGAUCUCUCGAGAACUCAACCUCAACAUCCCUCUCAUCUUGUUCUCAGCCUACUCCGCUACCUUGUUUGCCUUCUUGGGUCCACCAGAGUACCUCACCAGUGAUGCCAAGACUAAAUACUGGCCAUCACCUGAAACCCUCACUUCGCCACCGGAAUGGGUCACUUUCCCGUCCACGGUUGCUUUCCGCCCGUUUGAGGCAGGUCCUAUACAUGCCAGCUCCUUUGGUAGGAAUGCCUCCGGCGUCACUGACGUUGAGCGAUUCAUGAUCGCGGUGAUAUCAUGCAAGGCGAUUGCUAUCCGGAGCUGCAAGGAGUACGAAGGUGACUACUUGGAUCUACUAGAGAAGGUUUCCCGGAGACCAGUGUUUCCAGUGGGUUUACUUCCGCCAGUGGCGCCAGCACCACCGGAGAAGGAAAGCUUCAAAGGAGGAGGAGAAGAGUGGUUGACCAUUUUCAAGUGGUUGGACCAACAACCACCCAAGUCAAUUGUGUUUGUUGGGUUUGGCAGCGAGUGUAAGCUGAGUAGAGAACAAGUGUUUGAGAUAGCCCAUGGUCUUCAGAUUUCUGGGCUUUCCUUCUUAUGGGCCUUAAGGAAGCCUACGUGGGCCAAUGACGACGAUGACGCCUUGCCACCAGAAUUUAGGGCACGCACUGAGGGUCGAGGUGUGGUGUGUAUGGGUUGGGCUCCCCAGACGGAAAUACUAGCCCAUCCUUCUGUGGGUGGAUCACUGUUCCAUUCUGGUUGGGGGUCCAUAAUAGAGACACUCCAGUUUGGUCACACCAUAGUGGUGCUGCCAAUAGUGGCCGAUCAGGGGUUAAAUGCUAGGCUUCUGGUUGAGAAAGGUUUGGCCGUCGAAGUAGAGAGGGGCGAAGACGGGUCAUUCGAUCGGAAAGGCAUUGCCGAGGCUUUGAGGAAAGCCAUGGUGGAUGAAGAAGGCGAGGGAUUGAGGUUGCGGGCGAGGGGGAUGAGAAACAUUUUUGGUGAUCACAGGCUACAUCAAGCAUACAUGGAUGGCUUCAUCCAAUACCUCAAGAAUGGUCCAAAAGCUUAUACUCCUUGA